UGAAGAGGGAAGAAAGAUUGUUAGAAAAAAAAAGAAAAAAAAAAAACCCAGAAAAAAAAAAAACUAGUGAAGAAUGAUCGUCAUACUUCUGCUAAUUUUUACUAGCAUUGUAAAUUAGGCCUUGUUUUGUUUAGGUGCCUUGCAUUGGUAGUGGGUGACAUUAGUGCAUUAUUAAACUUGCUGUGCUGAAGAGCUCAUUGGUUUAGUGCAGCUAAUAAUAAUACCCUGAUGGAGAAACAGAAGGUGGGCUAGCUCAGCAUCAGACAUGGGAGUGCAGAAAUAGUCUCUGCUAGUUGAACUAAAAAUACACACCAGCAUAACCCUCUUGCCUACAGCAGCACAUGCUGAAGGCACUUUGGACGCUGGCAGUGGGGGGAAUGGCUUCCCUUUGUUUUUGGCAGCUGCUGGAUCUGCAGUGCCCUGUGGUGGUUUGUUUGUGUGACUGCCUAACGCUACCAGAGGUGUGCAAGGCCCAUCAGAGCAAGUUAAUUAAUAUCCUUGGAAAGUUAAUCAUUAUCCAGAGUCAUAAACAGACUGUAUAGGGUGAAAUGGGCUGCAUCAGAUGACUUGUUAAGCCAGUUUGUCCCAGGGUGGGACUUUGUGAUCACCCAACGACAUGGGAGUGACCAGCAGCAGCGAGUGAGAUGUAACCAUGGCUACUCUGCUCCCUGCUCCUGCUUGGGGACAAACAGCAGAUGUCAAGAUUGCUGCUGAAUUAUGAGCCCUGGAGUUAUUGCUGCACAAUGUGGUCAAGGAGAUUGAUCUGGUUUUUUCCUACCACCUCCUGGGGUUUACCCAGCCUCUCCACUUGGGCUCUACAUGGCUGAAAUUCAUUUCAGUGUGUACACGUUUUUUUGCUGUGAGCUUCAAAAUCUCCAUGACAAUAAGCUAAAAGUGGCAUAGAUAUAGUGGGGAUAGGGUACCCUGAAAUAGGUUAGUUAGAUUAAAUUAGGACACAUCUAGUGCCAGAAUCAGCAGUGCAACAUGGAUAUCUGCUGCAUUGUCAGAUGGCAGAUCAAAGUCAGGUUCCUGCUGUCUGUACAAGCACAGGUGCUUCCCCCAGAGCAGAACGUGCCAGGAUAUUGCAUGAAGAAAUGUCAGCUAAUAGAACUGGUUUUAUAAGAUCCAACAUAGAGGUGAUGACCUGAAAAAACCAUGUCUGAGGUUCAGGGAACGGUCGAGUUUUCUGUGGAGCUACACAAAUUCCAUAAUGUGGACCUCUUCCAGAGGGGGUAUUACCAGAUAAGAGCCGGACUGAAGAUCCCAUCCAGGAUUCCCCACAGGCUGUUUGCUACCAUUGCAGGACAGACAGGUGAUUCCAGCCUUUGCUCGACCUGCGUUCAUGAAAACAAUGUUUACAGCAGAAUAUUUCAGAUUUUGUACAGAAAUGAAGAGAUCGUUCUUAAUGAGACCAUGAACUUCAGAGUGCACCUGCUUCUGGAUGGUGAAAGGGUGGAAGAUGCAUUAAAUGAGGCAGAUUUUCAGCUCAAGCUGGACCUGCACUUUACUGAUAGUGACCAACAGCUGAGGGAUGUGCCAGCCAUCCCCAUGAUCAGCAGCCGCACUCUGUGCCUGCACUUCCACCCCCGCAGAGGGCUGCACCACCACGUUCCCGUCAUGUUCGACUACUUCCACCUCUCUGUGGUCUCCGUCACUGUGCACGCCUCCCUGGUGGCUCUGCACCAGCCUCUGAUCAGUUUUGCUCGUCCAGGGAAAGGUUCAUGGCUUGGUAAAGGCAACCUGGAGGCAGGACCAGACCAGUCCAGUAUGUCAUUAGAAAAUCUGGUGUUUGGAGCUGGCUACUGCAAACCCACUUCUUCUGAGGGCAGCUUUUAUGUCCCAUCUGAAAAUUGCAUGCAGCAUGCAUACAAGUGGCAUAAGGAUCUCUGUCUUCUGCUCCUGAAUGCUCAAAGGGGUCUUCACACCUACUACACGCUCAUAAUGAAUGAGAUUCCUGAUUUACCACAGCUGAAGUUGGAGGAGCUAUCUGUGGAAGAGACAGUAUCCCAGCUUUGUAUGGAGCUGCAGCUGCUGAGCAAUCCAGAGAAAAUAGCAGAACAGAUAAGCAAGGACCUCGCCUGGCUUUGCUCUCACCUCCUGGCCCUGUGGACCCAGUUCCUAGAGGUGGCAACGCUCCAUCCAGAAGUCACAGCUUAUCUGACUCAGGAACAUCACAUGCUAAGGGUGAGAAGAUUCUCAGAAGCCUUCUUCUACACUGAGCACCAGAAACCUGCUGUGCUCAUGUUCCAGGAAGGCCUGAUCCAGAGCCACGCACAGAUUUCUACAGAAAUUCGCAAUUCGGAUUAUUUCACCAGCAUGCCCCCGCUGCCGGCGGAAUGCCUGGACAUCGACGGGGACUGGAACACACUCCCAGUUAUCUUUGAAGAUAGGUACACAGACAUGCCUUGCAAAGAUCCAAAUUUGGAAGUUUUCCCAGAUUUUGAGGUUCCCGCAAAUACUCAAGUGGAUGUAAAAUUGGAAAAUGAAGUCUGUGGAUCAGAUGAUGCCACUGCAGUAAUGAAAGGAGACUUUGAGAAGGAUACUCCUCUAAUACACACAGACAGGAUAAACAGGAAUCUCUCAUGCCUACACAGCAGUACUGAAGCUGCUGCUAAGGGUUUAAACCAGCACUCCACAUCUCAGGUAUGUACAAUAAACAAAGAAGGCCAAAGGAAACCUGAAAAUAUUUUUGUUUCAAGAGAAGAAACUAUUUCUGACCCACAGCCAGGCAAUACAGAACACAUGUCAGAAGACUUUAAAACAUCCGAGGAAGUUUUAUUAAAAGAUAAUAGACUUGAGGCGGAUGUUGUCUGUGGAGACAUGGAACCCAGCAAUAAGGACUCUCACAAAUGUGAGCCCAUGCUAAUUGUCAGUGCUCAGCAUGAGUGUGGAGCAUGUGGAACUGAUGGCUUGGAAGACAGCACUGACAUACAUGAACUAGAUGAAUUUGGUCAUCCUGAAACUAAUUUCACUUCAUCUGAGCUUGCACUGAAUGAAUUGACCAGUCUUGGAAAACCAGAGGAUGCAAGCACCAAGGCUCAUCUCCCUGUUUUGAAAGCUUUGCCUUCACACAGCUGUGAAGCAAAAUCAGUCACAAAGGAGCAACGAAGUGAGGAGAGUGAAGAAUUUACCCUGAUGUCAGGGGUCAUAAAAAGAUCUUCCUCUAUAAUAUCUGAUUCAGGCAUUGAAAGUGAGCCCAGCUCGGUGGCAUGGUCUGAUGCUCGCAGCCGGGCCCUGGAGCUGCCCAGUGACAGAGAGAUCCUGCACCACUUGGUCCGGAGGCACGCCAUCCACCGGAAUUCCCUGGAGGGUGGCCACACGGAAAGCAACACCAGUUUGCCCAGUGGUAUCCAAGCAUCACUCACAUCCAUCAGCUCUUUGCCCUUUGAGGAAGAGGAGAGGGAAGUGGAGCUUACCAAACUGACGAAAUCUGUCUCUGCCCCUCAGAUCAGUAGCCCAGAAGAGCCCCCAGAGGAGGUGGAUCUAUCAAAACACAGUGAAGCCACCUCAGGAGAUUCAGAUCACAACUUAAGAAGCUGCAUGGAAACAGAGGAUAAGGAUGGAAAAAUAAUCAUGGACUUUUCCGAGUGUCAAAUGACCACUGAAAGUGGACAAAUAGAACACAGAAGACAUCUCAAUCCCCUCCUCAAACGCAGUAGCAGUAACACUGAGUUACAAGGGAAUGAGGAGAAAGGUUUUCCAGAGACUUGCUGUAGUUUGGAAAAUACAAGACCACCCAGCUGUCCGAAGCAGCUCCAAGUUAAUGUCUCUGAGUGCCUGUCACUGGAAAGCAAUGGUGAGUGUAGCUUAAAAACACCAAAGGCUUGUAAUUACUUGGACAAAAAUAUAGAUAAGGUUGAUACAUGCGUUGAGGAUCCUAAGGAUAAACUUAAGCUGGACAGUUUAAACGUACAACAGGGCUCUUCCAAUAGUAGAAUUUCAGGAGAGGAGAGUUUUUCACAAAGCAUAAAGGUGGUACCAGAUUUUUGCUAUCCUGUUACAGCUCCUUCAGACACCUCCACUGAAUUUGGCUCACUGCGAGGAGAAUGUGGCAGCUCUCUCACUGAGGAGAGCCCAGCAGUGUAUGCAGAAAUGCAGGGCUUGCAAGAAAUUGAGCUCAAUGACUCACCUGCCUCAGCAGACCCUGCAUCAGGGGCCCACCAGGCUGAACAUCCUCAGGAGCCCAACAGCCAAGAGAAUAAACUUGUAGCGAACGGCACCGGGUUUCCUUUGGCCACGACAGAGGGAGUAGCCCUGGAAAGCAGAAAGGCUGCUGAUGUGGUUAACAUGUCCAUCUCUUGCACAGCCACCUGUCUUCCCUUUUCUUCCGUGCUCAAAGAGACCCCUGCCAUGGCGGGCUCCUCGGCAAAGCAGGCUGCGUUCCCCAUCACGCGCCAGCCGCUGGGCUCCUUUGGAGUUGUCUGUCCUAAUUCAGAUGAGAUGGAUGAAGAGACCAACGAAAGGAUGCUGAAUUUUUAUCAGGCCAAAGAAAAAUUUAAAAAAGAAAUGAAGAUUGAAGGAUUACUGUACAGUGACUUAUCUGUACUAGCUUCUGAUAUCCCAUAUUUUCCACCAGAGGAAGAGGAAGAAAAUUUGGAAGAUGGAAUUCACCUGGUUGUCUGUGUCCAUGGAUUGGAUGGUAACAGUGCAGAUCUGCGGCUGGUAAAGACUUUUAUUGAACUGGGACUUCCUGGUGGAAAACUGGACUUCCUAAUGUCUGAAAGAAAUCAGACUGAUACUUUUGCUGAUUUUGAUACAAUGACUGACCGAUUAUUGGAUGAAAUUAUUCAGCAUAUCCAGUUGUACAACCUCUCCAUAUCCCGAAUAAGUUUUAUUGGACAUUCCCUUGGUAACGUCAUCAUUCGAUCUGUACUAACUCGCCCCAGGUUUCGCUAUUACCUCAACAAGUUACACACCUUCCUGUCCCUCUCUGGGCCUCACCUGGGAACGCUUUACAACAACAGCACUUUGGUUAGUACAGGUCUAUGGCUAAUGCAGAAGUUAAAAAAGUCAGGGUCACUUUUGCAACUGACCUUCAGGGACAACGCGGAUCUACGCAAGUGUUUCCUCUAUCAGCUCAGCCAAAAAACGGGUCUUCAGUAUUUUAAAAAUGUUGUGUUAGUGGCCUCACCCCAAGACAGAUAUGUACCUUUUCAUUCAGCAAGAAUAGAAAUGUGCAAAAAUGCACUUAAGGACAGACACACAGGUCCUGUUUACGCAGAAAUGAUCAACAACCUGCUCCAGCCUUUGAUUGGGGCCAAGGACUGCACGUUGAUCAGACACAACGUGUUCCACGCUCUGCCUAACACCGCCAACACGUUGAUAGGCCGGGCUGCCCACAUUGCCGUGCUGGACUCCGAACUUUUCCUGGAGAAGUUUUUCCUCGUGGCAGGACUCAACUACUUCAAAUAGUGCCUGAAGUACAGGGUAACAGAGGCCAACCUUUCCAUUGGGUGGAGGAGAUUUCCUUAGCCAACAGAGUGCAAUGUUAGAAAUGAGAUCAGGUGGGACUUGCAAACUUUCCAUUUCCAUUUCUCUUUCAGAGAAUAAAGUGCUAUGGCUUUAAGGCAUUCAAGCUUCCAGGUAUUGGUGCUUUUGGAAGAAAUAAAUAUUCCUCUUCAGUUUCUAUUUUUUUUUUGUCCACACAAAGACAUGAGCCACUUCUGAAAUACAGAAUCAGAAUAAGAAGGUUAAUUCUCUAAAUGUGAUUGGACCAAUAUAAUUCCCAUUUCUCCUGAAUAUUGAACCAGGAACUUGUCUGUCCUUGAUUUACUGCUUAUUUAUGUAUUAACAAAGCUCUACAUUUGUAGCACUUUUGGGGUAGUUAACACACAAGGAAACAAGUGUAUGUGAACUCAGGUUAAAACCUUCUUUGUGAUGAACUGAAAAGUCUGCAAACCAUUUAUGACAGUUUCAGUCUUUCUGUUGGAAGAAAAUAUUUGGAUGGUUCCAUUACUGGUAAUAAUUUGUAACAUACAAAUUGUACAUUCAAAUAAUGGAAAGGAGUAAAAUAUUUUACAUAGAAUGAACAAAUGUUGAUAUUUGUCUUUAAAAAGAAACCCCAACUUUAGUUUGGGAAGAAUUUCAUUUGAGUUACAAGCUGCCAAACCAAGAGGACUAUAUUGGAUUAUUUGUAAAAGAUCAGUGGCAUCUGUUAACAUUUCUUCUGUUUACGUUUAUAGAGGAUCAUAAUUGACUGUGUUUGUUAUAACCUUAAAGGUACGAUUUUUAUGUUUGCAUUUGUACCUAAGUCCAUUUGUUCCAACAAUUUUUUUUUAAUUUAUUACGCUGAUAUGGAAUUCAAAGUCUACCCAGUUAUACCCUUGAAAACCCCAAAUAUUUGGAAAAAUAAAGGCUGGAGAUACAGAAUGGUAA